AUGACAUCUGAUAAUUCAAUUAUAACAAUUGAAGAUAACAGUUUUAAUGAUUUUGUUCAGAAAUCAUUUAGUAUCUUAAAAAAAGGUAUCAAAGCUUCUAAUAGUCUACCCAAUAAUGAGAAUUUCAAUUAUUACUCGUGUUUUCCAACAUUUAAUGAAAUUAAAAAUGAACAAAUUAAAAAGAUUAUGCAUUCUAUGCAGUGCAUUGUUAGAAAAGCAGAAAUUUCAGGUAAUAUUAAACAGAGAGAUAUCGAAGAAAAAUUUGAUUUGUUACUGGAAUCAAAUGACACAUUUUUGGACAGAGCUGUGAGUAACAUUUUUGUUAUAAUGAUUAGUCCUGAUAUUCAGAACGCAUGUAUGGACGAAGAGGCUGGUAUAAGUAGAAAUCAGGGUGUUGAAUUAAUAGUUACGCAAGCAAAAUUAACAAAAAAGCUUAAUGGAUGUUGGAAUAAUACCGUCGAUAAACAAACUUCAACGAGUAGCGAUCCUACUCAAACUGUGCGAUUACUGGCAGGUAAAAAUAUUCAAAGACCACAAUUGACAUUUAAAGACAAAAUUGAUAAUAGUCCAAUGCCAUGGCAGCCUAAAAUUAAAUAUAAACCAAAUUCUAUAAAACCGUUGGCUAUAUAUUUAGAAGAUGACGAUAAAGAAGUAUUUUGUCAUCCUUACGAAUGGGAACUCGAUAAAUUUGAGCCAUCAGAAGAACAAUUAGUAAAGAAACAUCCAAUUAAAUAUAAAUCAUUAAAAGAAACGCCCCUAAUUAUAAUUGAGAAACUUGAUGAUCUCAAAAUUAUACUAAAUGAUUUAGAAAAUUAUAAUGAAAUUGCUAUAGAUUUGGAACAUCAUUCUUAUAGAAGCUUUCAGGGCAUUACGUGCUUGAUGCAAAUAUCAACUCGAGAUACAGAUUACUUAAUCGAUACUUUAACUCUUCGAUCUGAAUUACAUGUUUUAAAUGAAAUUUUUACAAAGCCAUCGAUUCUGAAAGUAUUUCAUGGAGCAGAAUCAGAUAUUUUAUGGCUACAAAGAGAUUUAUCAUUGUACAUUGUAAAUAUGUUUGAUACUCAUAAAGCAGCGAAACAGCUUGAGUUACCAUUUCUAAGUUUAUCAUAUCUUUUAAGAACUUAUUGCCAAAUCGAUCCUAAUAAACAUUUUCAAUUGGCUGAUUGGCGAAUUAGGCCUUUACCCGAAGAACUUAUGAAAUAUGCUCGAGAAGAUACGCAUUAUUUAUUAUAUAUAAAAGAUAUUUUGAAUAAUGCUCUAAUCGAUGUUGCUAAUGGUCAAACUAACAUACUUAAAGCUGUAUAUGCUUGCAGUACUAAUAUAUGUAAGCAAACAUAUGAAAAACCAGUUUGGUCAGAAAUCAGUUAUACAGCUAUGUAUCGUAAAAGUCAAAAGAUGUUUAACAAUCGACAAUUAUAUGCUUUAAAAGAGCUGCAUAAAUGGAGAGAUGAAACAGCCCGAAGUGAAGAUGAUAGCACUCAUUAUGUUUUACCAAAUCAUAUGCUAUUGAAUAUAGCGGAAAGUCUUCCAAGAGAAAUGCAGGGUAUUCUAGCCUGUUGUAAUCCUAUUCCACCUUUAAUAAGACAAAAUUUAUUAAAAAUCCACAAACUGAUAUUGAAAGCAAGAGAACAACCUCUAAUAAAGACCGUAUUGAAUGACGAUAUAAUAAGAUUAUCUCAAAGAAGUCAAAUCUCCAACUCCGAAUCUUGGAUUUGGACACCACAUGACCUACCAAAUGAUAUGGAAGCUAGAGAAAAUCUUCCUUGCUUAUUAAAUACCACUCCUAAUUCAUUAGUAUCGUUAAAUCAGAUAAAAUUAAAACCAGGCAUAACAAUUUUUGACAAUUCGUCAUCAGAGGAUGAAUGUAAGGACUCCGUAAUAGAAAGUUGUAAAAAGCCAAACAAGCUUAUUUUUGUCAGCCCUUUUGAAAGAUAUAAGCGAGUACAGCCAAUAAUAGCUGAAGAAGAAAAGAAAGAGAGAGAGAAACAAGAGAAGGAAGCUGAAAAAAUAAGAGAACAAAUCGAGAAAACAGCUCGCGAAUCCAUUGUAUCUACAGAAAAUACUGAUUCAAAAUCUGAUAAAACGAGUCAAAAUCCAAAGCAUUUUGUAAAGGAUUCGAGAAGUAGUAAUCUUGCACAAAAUGAUGACGUAGUAGAUACAAUUGUUAAGUCGCAUAUGCAAACUUUAAGUAAAAUGCAAAAUAAGAAAAGAAAAAGACAAUUAGGACCUGAAAUAAUGCGAUCAAAUAAAAAGAAAAAGGAACGUCAAAAAGGCUUUAAAAAAAAUACCGAUAAAUGA